UUUUAGAGGUGUAUCGCAGUCCUGUUGCGAAUAAUAUUCAGAGAAGUGAACACGGUCACAGAACUUUACGCAGGUGCAAACUGCGGAAAACAUUUUUUUUUAUACGCACAAUCCUUGCAGUUUUUUUUUUUUUUUCAAGGCUCUUCGAACGCUUUUUGAAUCGAGUGUUAGGCUCUGGAUUACAGGUGCAGAUUUUGUCUGCUCUUGUCUGCUCCCAAAGCUACCAGUGGCGAGAAAAUUCUCACGGAAUCGCCCGUUGCAAGGAACACGCCUUCAAUCUGGGAUAUAAAUAAGCCACCAAACUUUCCACAUUUCAGACUAGCAAUCACUACUUCGAGAUUCUUCAAGCAAGAAAGCCUUACGUGGACGCUCCCGUUAGACUGCGAUUCUAUAUUGCACUAUAAGCAACAUGCUCCUCCUACUUCCCGCCGUCGUGCUUAUUAUACCGACAUUUCAAGUUGAGGGGUUUUAUUUUUCUUUUGAAAAUCCUGAUGUUACCUGCGUCAACAUUAUUGAGAAAGCGGGAGGUUUACUUUGCAAAUUCCAAGGACAUAAUGGUUUUUUGUAUUCAACCGGUUGCGACAUAGGAUGCAGUGAUAACCACAGGCUGUCGUUGCCAGAGGAGGUAUGUUCCAAGAGUAGAGAAAAUAUCUGCAAUGAAGACGCGAAAGAAAAACUCAAUAAAUGGAAGGAUGACUUGGAGAAGAGGAAAGAGGGCCUUAUCAAUGAAUGGUGCAGUUAUUGUAAGGGGAAAUAACUUCUUUUACGGCGACUGCGAUAGAUAAAGCAAUGUUAUGUGCCCUUCAUCUGAGUCUUUAAUUUAUAAAAAUGUAUAUCUCCUCGUGAGUUCUUUAUGUUUUGAUAUUCAGUCGCUGCAAGCUGGGCUGUUUUGUGGCACAAGUGUUUCCUGUUGUUUCCUUGAUAUAGUUUUUCCAAGCCAUGCAUUUCAACUUGUACUAAAAUAAAAUUU